GAUGCUCUCUCCCACUCCUUCUCUCUCUCUCUUUGUGUGUGAGUGAGGGGGACGGGCUUGGCACAAGUUUUCUAGAGGGUUAAUAGCAUAAAGCUCGCGGUGCCGACGAGGGUAGGCGCACUGGUGGGCUCCGCCAGUUAAUGAGAGGAACAAGAAAGUCUGAGGCUUGAAGACUGAUGCUGGCAAAGGCUUGUUGCUGGAAGCUGUCAAAACGCACACAACCGUCAGAGGAGCGUGAGAUCAGACUCUCGAUGCUGACGCCCCUCUCCUCCUCUACACAGAACAAAGAAGAGAGACAACGCGUGGUUUGAUUUUAAUUGCAAAGUUUUCAGCAUUCUGCGUGAUUACAGCAACAGUGACUAUGAACAACACAAACGAUACUGAUUAUGAAUUCUACGAAAACUACGUGAAAACUUAUGAAAAGUACGUGACCAUUUAUUAUGUAUUUUACAAAGUGUACAUCUGGGUGCUGGUAGGUGUGGGUGUGCCUGGCAAUGUCGCCUGCAUCUUAGUAACCACGUCCAUGACCCUCACUACAGCCACAUUAUACAUGUCCUUGCUGGCCGUAGCUGACCUGUUGGCUCUGGUACUGAGGCUUAUAUCUCACCAGAUCGGCGUUUACAAAGUGCCAUUAAAUACCUUUGUUUGUAAAAUGGAUGUGUUUGUACAAUUAGUCAGCAACUACGCCAACUGGACUCUGGUGCUGGUGUGUUGCGAACGGUUUCUAUCCAUUCGCUUUCCUCUCAAGAAGAAAAUCUAUUUCACCAAGAAGAGAGCUAUUCUCAUCGCCGUGUUACUGGGGAUGAUACUGUGUUUGUGUUAUCUUUAUGCGUUCAUCCAAAGAGACCACAGAGAGAAGAGAUACUGUGUUUAUUCGCAGUCUUUUUAUGAUGUCGUCGAAACCUACUGGUACUGGAUUACAGCCUUCAUCUACAUUUUUCUGCCCUUCAUCCUCCUCCUUAUCUUUCCUUGCCUUAUCAUCGCCAGUCUCAGGCGACAACGAAAGGCACGAGAAGCCAUGGUAAGGACAACCCCGGACAAGUCAGGGGAGACAACGCAGACAAGAGUUGAGGUCGCCAUCUCUGUCAUGGUGGUGUGGGAUGCAAUCGUCGUCUUCGUCACCUACGCCCCGAUCUGCAUUUUGGAAAUUUAUAAACCAUUCGACAUAGUGAAUCUUGAUACAGUUCGCUCAACCUUUUCGAUGGCGAUGUCACGACAUAUAGCAAUAGCUUUAUCAGAAGCGAACUACGCUGUAGACUUUGUGAUAUACUUUUCUGCCUCCAAGAAGUUCCGUUCUCGUUUUAAAAAGCUGAUCCGAAAAUGUUUGACCUACAGGUGUAGAAGAGAUCAAGAGUAGCUAUGUAGACUAUUUGGACAUUCUAGGUAUCCUUUGUAUUUGAGGGAAACAUGAUGUUUAUAUCAGAUUUAUAAAAUGUGCAUUAUUGUCAUGUAAAUAUAGUAUUUCUGGCUUAAAGACUUCGUUGCAUAUUCCUCUUGAAGUCUUCAAUGUUCAGUCGUUAUAUUUAUUAGCAGCAUUUUGUUGAAGUAAUAUUUCACUGGACAUGCUAAACGUGGCUGACUGGGAUUGGGAGCUUUUAUAGUCUACUCAUCCAUGCAUCACUUAAAAAAUGCUUUUUCUAAGAUUGUUUAAUAUUGUGACUACCUGUACAUGUUGGGCUCAGACAUCACACUCUUUCGUUUUUUUUUUCUCGAGAGGAUUUUGCUGGCUUGUGUUAGUGUGUCACUGUUCUGUUAAGUUUUAAUUUCAUGCAACAAACAUUCAUCAACAUGACACAUGUCUGUUAUAAUAACCAAAAGUCAAAAUGCGAUAAUUUCUUUGAUGCCAUAAAAAAUAAUUUCUCUUUCUCACAUCGAAAGGAUUUUUGUUUUGAGAACACUUACGUACAUUGUCAUUAGCAAAGGCGGUUGUUUGAGUGUGUUACACCAGACAGUUUACUAGUAGCCUUGUCCAUCACUCUGUGACCGGAUCUUGUACCCAGGAUCACGUGAUUCAGUGGAUAUUAGCUCUGUUUGCUCGAUUUGCAGACUGGAAUUAGUGGAGACUGGUAUUAAUGACACUGCAUCUCCCGGUGUUGACUUCAGUUACUGAAAGAAAGACAAAUAAAAAUGAGAAAAAAGGUUACAUUUGUAAAAAUACUAGAAUAAUAUGUGUGUGUGUGUUCGCAAGUGCGUGCCCAUGUGUGUAUUAAGGGUGAGAGAAAAACAUUUACUCUAAUCUGGUUUAACAUUUACUGAUAAUAAGUUGAUAUAGUGACAAAGCUCUAGGAGUCGCAUUUCUAAUAAAUAGUAAACUGGCAUACCAAACAGUUUGAUUCAGUGUAAAUAUUUCUGGAACCUACUAUUUAAGUAAAUAAAUGUAAAACAUGUUUUUGUUGUUGUACUGUACACAGGUCGGCUUCCCACUUUCUCACUGUUAGCGGUUUAACUGAAGAAAGUUUUCUGUUAACAGCGAGGUCUCGCAAGAACCUUUUGGUAAUUUUUGGUCAUUCUUGUAAACAUUUGGAAACGUUUACGAAACAAUGUCAGUACCUUUGCAAUCAUUUUCUAGCUCAAAUUUCAAAUUUGCUUGAAAAAAGAAUUAUAUGAUUUUUUUUGGCAAUAUUGCGUGUGACAUUGGUGGUUGCUUAAGUUCUGCAUGUUUGAAAGAAUCCUCGUAAAAUACUUUCUCUGAUACCUUCUAAAUGAUGUUUAAUUCAGUUAUUAAUUUGCAUUCUGUAAGAAAAUAUCUUUGGUAAGUAUUUUUAUAAUGUAGAGGAUAUUUCAAUGUACACAUAUGCUGAUUGUAAUUUUUUCAUCAUGUGACAGGUUUUUCUAUCCAUGUCAUUGUUGACACUUGUCUUAUGUACUUCUUUACAAAUAACUUCAAUAAAUUCAACUUUAUUAUUGAUCGA